GAGACAGACCAAAAAAGCAUUUGUGAACUGAGCUCAAAAUGAGAGUUCCUGUAAAACUCCUCAGCUUCGGCUUUUGGUUGUUUUUCUUAAAUUGUGCCCGAUGUCAAGAAUGUCUUCGAGAGGACAUUAAACAUGAAAACACAGAACCAGUUGAGAAAGCUUCAUACGCUCAUGGUGAAAUAGUGAAAGUGAACUGCAUAACAGGUUAUACUGGCUUGUAUAGAUUAAACUGUGAAAAAGGAGAAUGGAAAAAAUCCAUUGAGCGGCCAUGUGCAAAGAGAAGAUGUAGUCAUCCAGGCGACACACCAAAUGGUGAUUUUAAACUUAAAGAGGGGACGGAGUUUGUUUUUGGAGUAACAGUGGAGUAUACUUGCAAGAAAGGGUAUGAAAUGACAAGCAGAAUCAAUCAGCGUACCUGCAGAGCUCAAGGAUGGGACAACGCCGUCCCUGUCUGUGAGGUGGUGAAAUGUCCAGCCAUUCGCACAGAUGGGGAGGUGACUGCAUCGGGUAACACAGAGGAAGGACGUUAUGGUGAUGUUAUUCACUUUGAGUGUGUAUCUUCUGACAAAAUGAUAGACGGAAAUAGUGACAUUCGCUGCGAAGAGACGGGAAAAUGGAGUGAUGCUGUUCCAAAGUGUAAAGUGACACAUGGAUCUUCAAACACUGCAGCAAAUCAAAAAUUGUGCCCUGAUCUAUCUGUGGAAAAUGGGUUCAUAUACAGCCACUCCUUCAAUAAGGAAAAAAUAUUUUACUCCUGCAACACGGGUUAUAAACCAUUCACUGGAAACUGGUGGGAUUCAGUGACAUGCAGCAAAGGAUCUUGGUCUGACGAGCCUCGCUGCAUCCGGGAGGAAGAAUGUGGUGCUCUUCCCAGUGUUCACCAUGGAAAACUAAAGCAAACCCGUCGUGAUCGAGAAACUGCUGAAGUGGAAUGUGAUCCAGGGUUCAUAUCAACUGAACCCUUCAUAAAAUGCACCAAUGGUAGAUGGGAGACACCAGUGUGUAAAGAGGUGCGUUGUGGCAUUCCUCCAAAUGUGGAAAAUGCAGUCAUAACAUCUGAACCUAAAGAAUUUUAUUUACCUGGAUCUACUGUAACAUACGUAUGUCGAAGCUCAUACUUAAUGAAUGAGAAAAGUACAGUUUUCUGCCAAAGUGGAACAUGGGAAAACACACCAACAUGUCAAGGACAGAGAGAAAUCACCUGUCAGUCAAAUGGAGAAUGGAGCAGCCCUUUAUAUAAAUGUGAAGAAACAAAAUGUGUUGCAAAACUCACAGAGAACAUGAGAUCAGACGAACACCCGGGGUUUGAGGUCUCAGUCAGACCAGGACAGACAAUAACUUUUUCAUGUGUUGGGAGUGGAUCGACAUUACAAGGACAGAAAAAAAUCACCUGUCAGUCAAAUGGAGAAUGGAGCAACCCUUUUCCUAAAUGUACUGGUCAGAUCACCAGGUGUGGACCACCACCAGACGUGAACUUUGCAGAUACAAUAGAAUUGAAAAAAGAUGAAUACAAUACAAGGGAGACAGCUGAAUACAGCUGCUUUAAUAAAUACACAUUGGAUCUGCGUCCACCUUUCUCCAACUACUUGACCUGUGUGCAAGGAGAAUGGAGAGGGAAGAUUAGGUGUUUAAAGCCCUGUACAGUGACGGUGGAGGAAAUGGAAAGAAAACGUAUAGAGUUGGCCUAUGUUAAUCGACAAAAGAUGUUCGCACCACAUGAUGAUCACAUCACCUUUGUGUGUAAGAGGGGCAAAGUUUUAGGAGGUGUUCCCCUAAGACAACAGUGUAAUGAUGGAGUGAUGACUUUACCUGUGUGUGAGUGACAGUGGGAAUAAAACAUUGUUGAAGCAACAAAAACAAAUGUAGCAAAUAAAAAAAUAUUGUUCCCAAUUCAA